AUGCAGGACUCGGACGCGCCCAUGCGCGCCACCAUCGAGUACGACAACGGCAAGACGCUCAUGGCGCAGGGACCGCAGGCGCUGCACGACCACGUCGCCUCCCGCAUGGAGAAGGCGCUCGGCAAGAGCCUCCCGCAGAUGGAGGUGCGCUUCAAGGACGUCUCCAUCUCCGCCGACAUCAUCGUCAAGGACGAGACCGACGUCAAGGUCGAGCUCCCCACGCUGAUCAACGUCAUGAAGACAGGUUUCCGCGAGAUGCGCUCCAGCAAACACGUCGUCAAGAAGCAGGUGCUCAAGAACGUCAGCGGCGUCUUUAAGCCCGGCACUAUCACGCUCGUGCUGGGCCAGCCGGGAUCGGGCAAGUCCUCGUUCAUGAAGCUGCUCAGCGGCCGCUUCCCCAACGACAAGAACGUCACGAUGGAGGGCCAGGUGACCUACAACGGCACGCCCGCCACCGACAUGCAGAAGCACUUGCCCCAGUUCGUGUCGUACGUGACGCAGCGCGACGGGCACUACUCGCUGCUCACCGUCAAGGAGACGCUCGAGUUCGCGCACGCCUGCACCGGAGGCGGCCUGUCGAAGCGGGACGAGCAGCACUUCACCAACGGCACGCCCGAGGAGAACAAGGCCGCGCUCGACGCCGCCAGGGCCAUGUUCAAGCACUACCCGGACAUCGUCAUCCAGCAGCUCGGACUCGACAACUGCCAGAACACCAUCGUGGGCGACGCCAUGACGCGCGGCGUGUCCGGCGGAGAGCGCAAGCGCGUGACCACGGGCGAGAUGGAGUUCGGCAACAAGUUCGUCAUGAUGAUGGACGAGAUCAGCACGGGCCUCGACAGCGCCGCCACCUUCGACAUCAUUACCACGCAGCGCAGCAUCGCCAAGAAGUUCCGCAAGACGGUGGUCAUCUCGCUGCUGCAGCCGUCGCCCGAGGUCUUCGAGCUCUUCGACGACGUCGUCAUCCUGAACGAGGGCCACGUCAUGUACCAUGGUCCUCGCGCCGAGGCGCUGGGCUACUUCGAGAGUCUCGGCUUCAAGUGUCCUCCGCGUCGCGACGUGGCCGACUUCCUGCUGGAUCUCGGCACGGACAAGCAGGCGCAGUACGAAGUUAAAGCCCAAGGACGCACCAUCCCGUGCACUUCAAGCGACUUUGCCAACGCGUUCGAGCGCUCGUCCAUCUACCAACAAGUGCUGGCAGACCUCGAAGACCCCGUGUACCCCGGGCUCGUCCUCGACAAGGAGACGCACAUGAACACCCAGCCCGAGUUCCACCUGAACUUCUGGGACAGCACCGCGUUGCUCGUGAAGCGACAGAUGAGGGUGACAAUGCGCGACUCGGCAGCGCUCAUGGGGCGCUUGUUCAUGAACACCAUCAUGGGCCUGCUGUACGCGAGCGUCUUCUACCAGUUCAACCCGACGAACUCGCAGCUGGUCAUGGGCGUCAUUUUCGCGUCGGUUCUGUGCUUGUCGCUGGGCCACUCCGCGGAGAUCCCGACGAUCAUGGCUGCGCGCGAGGUGUUCUACAAGCAGCGCGGGGCCAACUUCUUUCGGACGUCGUCCUACGUGCUCUCGAACUCGGCCAGUCAGCUACCUCCGAUUAUCUUGGAGACCGUGGUGUUCGGCUCCGUGGUCUACUGGAUGUGCGGCUUCGUGGACACCAUCGGGGCGUUCCUGCUGUUCCUCGUCAUGCUGUGCGUCACGAACCUCGCGUUCACGGCGUUUUUCUUCUUCCUGGCGUCGGCGUCGCCGAAUUUCAACGUGGCCAACCCGAUCUCCAGC